CGAGCCGGGCUGCCGCAGCCUCUGCUCGCCUCGCCUGCGGCGGCAGACCCUCCUCCAGCGCCUCGGCCGCUUCCCUGAUCGCCGCGGAAAGAUGCCCUUAACCCGGGGGUGUGAACUAGAGGGAGAAGUCGCCGCCGGAGCCGUCCGCACCGCCGCCGCAGCUGCCGCCGUCCGUGUCCUUUGAAUCCCGGGAAGCACCCCCGCUCCAGGGCGUAGGGAGCCUCGGCGGGCGGCCGCGGUGCGGGUGUGGGGAGACCGGGCUCCGUGCCCGGUGCGGCCCAGGCCGGCCGACCAGCGACCACCCGACAUGGGGCGGGCUCGGGCGGCCAAGUAGCCGCUGCUCCCGGAGCCCGGCGCCCAGUGCCGCCCGCAGCCCGCGUUUCCAGCCCCGGCCGCUCCGCCAGCCAGGCCCCUGGGAGAAGCCGGGAGAGAAAUGAAGAGUUGUCCUCCGAAGCCGUUGGAAAUGGGACUAACUGCAAAGCCUUAAAAAGCAGGAGCUCGGGAGGAAAAAGGAAAAGGCUCCUCCGGGCAAGACUUGGCGUGCACUGGGCCGAGGGGGCUGCUUCAGGGACUCGCCCCCUCCCUUCCCCCUGGAGAAAUUGCCGCUGAUGCAUCAUCCAAGCGGUGGUUGGGAGGAUUUGCAGCCGAAUUUUUGGUUUUCCCUCCCCCUUACAUACAUUCUGGCUUUUUCCUGCCUUUUCUGUUUUCCUUCUUCCUGGGAAGUGAAUUGCUGAUGCAGAUCGGACUUAAUUCAUUAAUGAUGCAACCGGAUUCGUUUCAGGAUUAUGUUGCACGAACUGAAUUUUGAAUGAAGGAGAAGAGUUCCCCCCGCCCCCCUUAAAGAAGUGUUGACUCUUUGGUUCGUUGUACUUUUAAUUAUUAUCUUAUUUAAACAUACGAUUUAAUUGUAUUCUUUAAAAAUGUAUCAAAUAUAUAUUUUAUGGUAACUAUCCCUCAAAAUAUAUGUAUAUGUGCGAAAUCGAAGACGCUUCAGUUAAGUGAGGGUACCGGUGUGUUGGAUGUUUAAUUCAGCACCGGCAUUGCAUGACAGUUGUUUGAAUAACAAGUGGUUUGUUUUUAAAACCACACUUUUUAAACUUUAGGUUCAAAGAAUCAUAGUAGGAGUCAUUAAUAGUCAUUUAAAGGAAAACCAGCAGAAAUCGGCCAACAUGUCUGGAGAAGUGCGUUUGAGGCAGUUGGAGCAGUUUAUUUUGGAUGGGCCAGCUCGGACCAAUGGGCAGUGCUUCAGUGUGGAGACCUUACUGGACAUACUCAUCUGCCUUUAUGAUGAAUGCAGUAAUUCUCCGCUGAGAAGAGAGAAGAACGUUCUUGAAUACCUAGAAUGGGCUAAACCAUUUACUUCUAAAGUGAAACAGAUGCGGUUACAUAGAGAAGACUUUGAAAUAUUAAAGGUGAUUGGCCGAGGAGCUUUUGGAGAGGUCGCUGUAGUAAAACUGAAAAAUGCAGACAAAGUAUUUGCCAUGAAAAUAUUGAAUAAAUGGGAAAUGCUGAAAAGAGCAGAGACAGCCUGUUUUCGUGAAGAAAGGGACGUGUUGGUGAAUGGAGACAAUAAAUGGAUUACAACUUUGCAUUAUGCUUUCCAGGAUGACAAUAACUUAUAUCUGGUUAUGGAUUAUUACGUUGGCGGGGACCUGCUGACCCUGCUCAGCAAGUUUGAAGACAGAUUGCCUGAAGAGAUGGCUCGGUUUUACUUGGCGGAGAUGGUGAUAGCAAUUGACUCGGUUCAUCAGCUGCAUUACGUGCACAGAGACAUCAAGCCUGACAAUAUACUGAUGGAUAUGAAUGGCCAUAUUCGGUUAGCAGAUUUUGGAUCUUGCCUGAAACUGAUGGAAGAUGGAACCGUCCAGUCCUCAGUGGCUGUCGGAACUCCAGAUUACAUCUCUCCUGAAAUCCUUCAAGCCAUGGAAGAUGGAAAAGGCAGAUACGGCCCCGAGUGUGACUGGUGGUCUUUGGGGGUCUGUAUGUAUGAGAUGCUUUAUGGAGAAACACCGUUUUAUGCAGAAUCUCUGGUGGAGACGUACGGAAAAAUCAUGAAUCACAAAGAAAGGUUUCAGUUUCCGCCUCAAGUGACAGAUGUAUCUGAAAAUGCCAAGGAUCUGAUUCGAAGGCUCAUUUGCAGCAGAGAGCAUCGACUCGGUCAGAAUGGAAUAGAAGACUUUAAGAAACAUCCCUUUUUCAGUGGGAUUGACUGGGAUAAUAUUCGAAACUGUGAAGCACCUUAUAUUCCAGAAGUUAGUAGCCCAACAGAUACAUCGAAUUUUGAUGUGGAUGACGAUUGUUUAAAGAACACUGAGACGAUGCCGCCACCAACACACACGGCGUUUUCUGGCCACCACCUGCCAUUUGUUGGUUUUACCUACACUAGUAGCUGCGUCCUUUCCGACCGGAGCUGCUUGAGAGUCAGCGCUGGCCCUGCUUCCCUGGAUCUGGACGCCAGCGUCCAGAGGACCCUAGAGAACAACCUGGCAACGGAGGCUUAUGAAAGAAGAAUUAAACGCCUUGAACAGGAAAAGCUGGAAUUGAGUAGGAAGCUGCAAGAGUCGACACAGACCGUCCAGGCCUUGCAGCAUUCCACUGUCGACGGCCCACUGGCGGCGAGCAAAGACUUAGAGAUCAGAAACUUGAAGGAAGAAAUUGACAAACUAAGGAAACAAGUAAGAGAAUCGAGUCAUUUGGAACAACAGCUUGAAGAAGCUAAUUCAGUGAGGCGAGAGCUAGAUGAUGCUUUUAGACAAAUCAAGGCUUAUGAAAAACAAAUCAAAACAUUACAGCAAGACCGGGAAGAGUUAAAUAAGGAACUAGUCCAGGCUAGUGAGCGAUUAAAAAACCAGUCCAAAGAGCUGAAAGAUGCACACUGCCAGAGGAAACUAGCCAUGCAGGAGUUCAUGGAGAUCAAUGAGCGGCUCACAGAAUUGCACACCCAAAAGCAGAAACUUGCUCGCCACGUCCGAGAUAAGGAAGAGGAGGUGGACCUGGUGAUGCAGAAAGUUGAGAGCUUAAGGCAAGAACUGCGCAGAACAGAAAGAGCCAAAAAAGAGCUGGAAGUUCAUACAGAAGCUAUAGCUGCUGAAGCGUCUAAAGACAGGAAAUUGCGCGAACAGAGUGAACACUAUUCUAAGCAACUGGAAAAUGAGUUGGAGGGACUAAAGCAAAAACAAAUUAGUUACUCACCAGGAGUGUACAGCAUAGAACAUCAGCAAGAGAUAAGUAAACUAAAGACAGAUUUGGAAAAGAAAAGUAUCUUUUAUGAAGAAGAAUUAUCUAAACGAGAAGGAAUACAUGCAAAUGAAAUUAAAAAUCUGAAGAAAGAACUACAUGAUUCAGAAGGCCAGCAACUUGCUCUGAACAAAGAAAUUAUGAUUUUGAAAGACAAAUUGGAAAAAAACAGGAGAGAGAGUCAAAGUGAAAGGGAAGAAUUUGAAAAUGAGUUCAAACAGCAGUAUGAACGAGAAAAGGUGUUACUAACUGAAGAAAACAAAAAACUGACAAGCGAACUUGAUAAGCUCACCACUCUGUACGAGAACUUGGGCGUGCGCAACCAGCAGUUAGAAGAAGAGGUGAGAGACUUGGCGGACAAGAAGGAGUCAGUGGCACAUUGGGAAGCCCAGAUCACAGAGAUAAUUCAGUGGGUCAGCGAUGAAAAGGAUGCACGAGGAUAUCUUCAGGCCUUAGCUUCUAAAAUGACCGAAGAGCUAGAAGCGUUGAGAAGCUCCAGCUUGGGCACGCGAGCCACAGACAUGCCCUGGAAAAUGCGUCGUUUUGCAAAGCUGGAUAUGUCAGCUCGACUGGAGUUACAGUCAGCUCUGGACGCAGAAAUAAGAGCCAAACAGGCCAUCCAAGAAGAGCUGAAUAAAGUCAAAGCGUCCAACAUCAUAACAGAAUGUAAACUAAAAGAUUCGGAGAAGAAGAACCUGGAGCUACUCUCAGAAAUCGAACAACUGAUAAAGGACACUGAGGAGCUUAGAUCUGAAAAGGGUAUAGAGCACCAAGACUCACAGCAUUCUUUCUUGGCAUUUUUGAAUACGCCUACCGAUGCUCUGGAUCAAUUUGAAGAUUCCUUUUCUUCUUCCUCAUCUUCACUGAUUGAUUUUUUGGAUGACCGCUCUCCGUCCGGCACUCCAGCUAGCAAAGGCAGACGUACCCAUCCCACUGAGAACACGCAUGUACGGAACCCGAACGUCAAGUUUCACAUCCACUGCAGGCCCCCAUCUCCUUCCACAGCUGGUGAAGUUGAGCCAGUGAAGACCGUAGACAGUGCUCCCCUCCCAGCUCACACACCAACCUUAAAGAAGAAGGCCUGCCCUGGCUCAGCCGGCGCCCCCCCCAAGCGCAAGACGCACCAGUUCUUUGUGAAGUCGUUCACCGCGCCCACCAAGUGUCACCAGUGCACCUCGCUGAUGGUGGGCCUGGUACGGCAGGGCUGCUCCUGUGAAGUGUGUGGAUUCUCGUGUCACAUCACCUGUGUCAACAAAGCUCCCACGGUGUGUCCGGUUCCCCCUGAACAGACCAAAGGCCCCCUGGGCAUAGACCCUCAGAAAGGAAUAGGAACGGCAUAUGAAGGUCAUGUCCGGAUCCCGAAGCCCGCCGGGGUGAAGAAGGGGUGGCAGAGAGCGCUGGCCGUGGUCUGCGACUUCAAGCUCUUUCUGUACGACGUUGCCGAGGGAAAAGCGUCUCAGCCCAGUGUGGUCGUCAGCCAGGUGAUUGACAUGAGGGAUGAAGAGUUCUCUGUGAGUUCGGUCUUGGCUUCUGACGUUAUUCACGCAAGUCGAAAAGAUAUACCCUGUAUAUUUAGAGUCACCACUUCCCAGCUCUCAGCCCCUAAUAACAAGUGUUCGGUCCUGAUGCUGGCGGACAGCGAGAACGAGAAGAGCAAGUGGGUGGGGGUGCUGAGCGAGCUGCACAAGAUCCUGAAGAAGAACAAAUUCAGAGACCGCUCAGUCUACGUUCCCAAAGAGGCCUACGACAGCACACUGCCCAUCAUCAAAACCACCCAGGCCGCUGCGAUCAUAGAUCAUGAAAGGAUAGCUCUGGGCAAUGAAGAAGGGUUAUUUGUUGUGCAUGUCACCAAAGACGAAAUCAUUAGAGUUGGCGACAAUAAGAAGGUGCAUCAGAUUGAGCUCAUUCCACACGACCAGCUCGUUGCUGUGAUCUCAGGACGGAACCGUCACGUACGCCUUUUUCCCGUGUCAGCCUUGGACGGACGAGAGACGGAGUUCCACAAACUGGCGGAGACGAAAGGGUGUCAGACCAUCACCUCUGGGAAGGUGCGCCACGGAGCCGUCACGUGCCUGUGCGUGGCCAUGAAGCGGCAGGUCCUGUGCUACGAACUGUUGCAGAGCAAGACCCGGCACAGGAAAUUCAAGGAGAUCCAGGUCCCGUACAAUGUGCAGUGGAUGGCAGUCUUCAGCGAGCACCUCUGCGUGGGCUUCCAGUCGGGCUUCCUGCGGUACCCCCUGAAUGGAGAGGGGGGCCCGCACAGCAUGCUCCACUCAAACGAUCACACACUGUCCUUUAUUGCGCACCAGCCCACAGACGCCAUCUGCGCGGUCGAGAUCUCCAGUAAAGAGUACCUGCUGUGUUUUAGCAGCAUCGGGGUGUACACGGACUGCCAGGGCCGGAGGUCCAGGCAGCAGGAGCUGAUGUGGCCGGCAAGCCCUUCCUCUUGCUGUUACAACGCACCCUGUCUCUCGGUGUACAGUGAGAACGCGGUUGAUGUCUUCGAUGUGAAUUCCAUGGAGUGGAUUCAGACUCUCCCGCUCAAAAAGGCUCGACCUUUAAACAGUGAAGGAUCAUUAAAUCUUUUAGGCUUGGAGACAAUUAGAUUAAUAUAUUUCAAAAACAAGAUGGCAGAAGGGGAUGAACUGGUAGUUCCUGAAACCACAGAUAAUAGUCGGAAACAAAUGGUUAGAAAUAUUAACAACAAGCGGCGUUACUCCUUCAGAGUCCCAGAAGAGGAAAGGAUGCAGCAGAGGAGAGAGAUGCUCCGAGAUCCUGAAAUGAGAAAUAAACUAAUUUCUAACCCAACCAAUUUUAACCACAUAGCACACAUGGGCCCUGGGGACGGAAUACAGAUCCUGAAAGACCUGCCCAUGCCAGGCUUCUCGUAUCCAUCCCCUCACCGUCACCCUGGUCUGAUCUCCUCUCCGGUCAACUUUGAGCACAUCUAUCACAUGACUGUUAAUUCUGCUGAAAAAUUUCUCUCUCCUGACUCCAUAAACCCCGAACACCCCCUGUGUCUGCACUCUGUCCCCGGCACACCCAGCCUCACAGCUCUGAGGAACCCUCGACCUCAGGAAAGUCGGACAGUAUUCAGUGGCUCAGUCAGUAUUCCAUCGAUCACCAAGUCCCGCCCUGAACCCGGUCGCUCCAUGAGCGCCAGCAGUGGCUUGUCAGCAAGGUCGUCCACACAGAACGGCAGCGCGCUGAAGAGGGAGUUCUCCGGCGGAAGCUACAGCGCCAAGCGGCAGCCGCUGCCCUCCCCGUCCGAGGGCUCGCUGUCUUCCGGAGGCAUGGACCAAGGAAGCGACACCCCGGCCAGGGACUACGACGGGGAGGACUCCGACUCUCCGAGGCAUUCCACCGCUUCCAACAGCUCCAACCUGAGCAGCCCGCCCAGCCCGGCGUCCCCGCGGAAGACCAAGAGCCUCUCUCUGGAGAGCACAGACCGCGGGACCUGGGACCCGUGACCCGCCCCAGCCCCGACGGACGGACCAGAGCCGCUCCUCUCCCUCCGCCUCUGCCCGCGGCGCCAGGGCCGGCGGGAGUCAGAGUGUGACUGUGGCCCCCAGGCCCUGCCCCUCCGCUUCACAGCAACAACCAUAAAGGCAGACGUUCACGGAACA